GUGAGUGAGUCUGAGGUCUCGGGAGAAGAGGAGAGGAACAUGGCCUGGGAACAGUGAGCUGAGGCUGGAGUAAGGGGCCAACGGGCAGAACAUGAUAGUGUACCCCUCACCCCCAAACCCACCCAGGGGGUCUGGAUCUGGCGGUUGUCCUGAGGGGCAGAUGCAGCCUGUUCCACAGCCACAGUAAAGUGCAGAACACGAGGACUGUUCCAGUGUUGACAGUGAACUAUGAACGGCCCUGUUCAGACCUGGCUACGAUCAAAGGCGGUAAGCUCUAUGAGGCAUUGUCCACAAGCCACUCUGAGGCCAAGUGAACAACAGGGGCCCGUGGGGACUCUGGGACCAGUCUGAGAGCCAUCAGGGGAUGAAACAGCCACUAAUAGCAACAGGAUUAGAAGGAAUUACCUUUUGUGGAGUCUUCAGGAGUGCACAGCGGAAACAAAGCACAGGUAGUCUUCAUGUUUGAGCUGAGGAUGUCUCUGCAGUCUCUGAUGGUGGCUCCUGUCUUGGUCCUGGUCAUCCUCAGCCCCUGCCCUGGCAUUGCAGCCCCUCCAGGUGAGCCAGAUGAUGAAGCUUUUGACAUGGAGAACUACGACCUGAACAAUGAGACAGAAUGGGAGAACCUGGACAUCAACAUUUAUGGAGACAGCUAUGAUUAUGAGGACUUGGACCAAGAGAUUGAGGUGGGCACUGUAGCACCGGACACCCCCCCACCAGCCAUCCAGCCCAUAGCUCAACAGUACGAGGAGGAGGUGACCCUGCCCACCCUUGCUCCAGCUCCUGUUUCCCUGGACUUCAAGGGACCAGGACUCUUUGGCCCUGAGACUGGCCUGGGUAUGCCUAUCUGCCUACUGUGUGUGUGUAUCGGCGGGAGUGUGUACUGUGAUGACAUGGGCCUGGAUCAGAUCCCACCCCUGCCCAAAGACACCACCCAUUUUUAUGGCCGCUUCAAUAAGAUCCGACAUGUCAAGAAAACAGACUUUAUCAAUCUCAAUAAGCUGCAGUCCAUUGAUCUAACCGGGAACCAGAUCUCAGGGAUGGAUGAAGAUGUGUUUCGUUCUCUGACGCAGCUCCAGGAGUUAUCGUUGGCUGAUAACAAUAUGCAGUUCUUGCCUGAGCUGCCAAUCACCAUGAAACGCAUAGAUCUACGCAACAACAAGCUGAUCAGUCGUGGGGUACAUUCUGAGGGAUUCAAGGAUAUGAGCCAGCUGGAAUUCCUCUAUCUGUCCAGCAACAACCUGGAUUACAUUCCUACACCACUGCCACUGAGCUUGAGAGCGUUACACCUGCAGAACAACAACAUCCAAUCGCUGCAUGAGGACACCUUCUGUAACCUCCAUGAUCGCAACUUCAUCCGCCGUAACCUGGAGGACAUCCGUCUGGACGGCAACCCCCUGAACAUCAACCUAUUUGCCAAGGCCUAUGUUUGCCUGCCACGCCUGCCUGUAGGAAGUCACUGACAGCUAUUUAACUUCAAUGUCUGUUUUGUAUCAAUAUUGGUCAUGUGUGCAUGUCUAAAUAUUGAAUACCAGUUUUUAUGCAAAGUCUGUAGUUUGUAGGAAGAAAGCAUUCAAAAUAUCAUGAGACAUAGACUGCAUGACUGAAUUAUUUUUAAAGCUGCAUUAAGUGAUUUUCUGGCUUUAUAAAUUCUUAUAAAGUUGUAUAUCACUUCUGUGUUAGCAAACAGUUUGCUAUUUACACAUCCGGCAGACACAAAGCCACAUUAUUAUUCAUUUUGAUUCAUGCUUGUGUCCACCUGAUAAACAAAUUAGCUGUUAAAUGGUACACGGUGUUCAUUAGCUAGUCAUUGGGGAUGGAGAGGUAGUGUACAGUGGGUUUAUCAGAUGUUUUUCACUGAAAACAGCUGCCUACUUCUGCAUGCUGCCGGUUCAUGAAAGUGGAGGUUGUGGGCGUUUGUGACAGUCUCUUUGGGUUCAACCUAACAAGCCCCCCCUUCACAUUACGCAUAGUCUUUGAUCCAUUGUUAGAAUAAAAAUAUUGAUCAGUUCAGCUGUUAUUGUUAAUAUUAUUGUAAUAGGGAGAAGAAAGAGAAACAUGUCUCCCCUUUUAACCUCCUGAACCCUCAGCUGUUUUUGGAUAGUUAUCUCUCCCUUUAUUUACAGACUUAUGGCAUACCUUAUAUUUUACUUCUUUUUUUGGGUUGGAGCAUGUGGGGUUAUUCAAAAUGCCAUCAUCUGGUGUGCCAUUGAUAAAUCAAUUUCUAGGACACCUUUUAUGAAAAAAAUAAAUUGUUAUUUUUUUCUGUAUGUUCUUAGAUUUUCCUCACAUAAUAAUAAACACCUGCAUAUGAAUUUAUAAAUGUAAGGUUAGUGUUCCUGGAAUGUAAGAAUCAUGUUAAUGGGACAUUCUAUGCCACUAUCAAAACAUGCUUUGAUAGUGUAAAUUUACAUAAAACUCAUUUCCAUUAAUUUUAUUACUCUUGUGUUUUCCUUUAUAUUUCCAUUUGGAAUGAAUAUGUUUUGAGAUUUGGCACUGCAGAUCCCAUGAUGAGAUGGUGGGUGUGUGAUAUAAACAAGAAGUACUAUAUGGCCAUGUACUCUUUGAGUCAGUUGUAAUUUCCCCCCUUGUGCACUCAAAGACUUUGAUGAUAAGUUUACCAUGUUCAUGACUUGCAAGCAUCAAGAGGGUUGUAUGAUAAGCUGGUUGUGUGAAAAUGAGAAUACUGCGCUUUGAUAAUAUAUGUCUAUUAAAUUUGGGUUUAAUUACAUUGAA